CCGAAUGGGAGUGCGCAUGUACAAGAGGACCACCGUGGCAAUAUGGCGCUGCGCAGGGCUUGGGAUGCUGAAGCCACUUGUUUCUUGUUGUGGGCGCUGUUGUUCACAUGUCUCCUGGCAGCCAAGGUAUCUCCACUGAUUGAGAAAAUUGAUGACCAAAAAGAGCUGAAAAAGCUUACCCGAACAAGAAACAAUGUAUUGAUACUGUACUCCAAAUCAGCUGCUACUGCUGAACGACCACUUAAGCUGCUGUCUGACGUGGCAGAAGCAGUGAAAGGGCAGGGCACCAUUGCCUGGGUAGAUUGCGGGAACAAUGAAAGCAGAAAGUUAUGCAAGAAAGUGAAGGUGGAUCCAGCUUCAAAGAAAAACGGUGUUGAAUUGUUGCAUUACAAGGAUGGCGCUUUCCAUGUUGAGUAUGAACGACCUGAAACAUUCAAGUCAAUGGUGGCAUUUAUGAGGGAUCCGGAGGGUGCUCCAUUGUGGGAAGAGAACCCUGCAGCAAAGGAUGUGGUUCACAUAGACAGUGAAAAGGAAUUCAGGAAGUUAAUAAGGAAGGAGGAGCGACCAAUUCUCAUGAUAUUCUAUGCACCAUGGUGUGGAGUGUGCAAGCGGAUAAUGCCAGCCUUUGAGCAAGCUGCCACAGAAUUGAAGGGCGAUUAUGUAAUGGCUGGGAUGAAUGUCCAUCCAGCUGAAUUUGAUGAAAUCAAACAGGAAUUUAAUGUUAAAGGAUAUCCAACUUUCUGUUAUUUUGAGAAAGGGAAGUUCCUUUUUAAUUUUGAAAACUAUGGAGCUACAGCCCAAGAUUUUGUUGAAUGGAUGAAAAACCCGCAGGCUCCACAGCCAAAGGCUCCAGAGGUCUCGUGGGCAGAUCAAGACUCUGCAGUGUUCCAUUUAACAGACGAUAGCUUCGAUCACUUCUUGAAGGAACAUUCAUCAGUGCUUGCCAUGUUUUAUGCCCCCUGGUGUGGACAUUGUAAAAAAAUGAAGCCAGAUUACGAAGAAGCUGCUGAAUUGCUGAAUAACAACAAUAAUAGCCCAGGUGUGUUGGCUGCAGUGGAUGUGACAACCCACAAGAACUUGGGAGAAAAGUACCAGAUUACUGGCUUCCCAACACUCAAGUACUUUGAAAAUGCAGAAGAGAAGUGGACACUUCCGCAUCUACGAACCAAGGACAAAAUCAUUGAAUGGCUGCACAAUCCACAAGCUCCUCCACCACCCGAACAGUCUUGGGAUGAACAGCAAACCAGUGUCACCCAUCUCAGUGUCGAAGAUUUUAAAGAGUUUCUAAAGAAAAAGAAACAAGCUCUGGUCAUGUUCUAUGCCCCCUGGUGCCCUCACUGUAAGAACACUAUCCCGCAUUUCGCAGCAGCUGCCGACCACUUUAAGGAGGAGCGAAAGGUUGCCUUUGCUGCAGUCGACUGCACGAAAGGAACAAAUCAUGAGCUGUGCAAGCAGGAAGGAGUGGAAGGCUACCCUAUGGUCAGUUAUUACAACUAUGGCAAGUUCAUGGAGAGGUAUAGUGAGGAACGAUCGGAAGACGGGUUUAUCAGUUACAUAAGACGAAUGAAGGGACAAGACUACGUGAAGGCAAGGGAGGAGUUGUAACCUUGCAUACUUCACUUGCCACUGCACUGCAACAAAACCCUGUUUCCAUCACUACUGUACUGAAACUUCACACUUUCCAAGGACUAAGGGUUUUGAAAAAUGAAGAGUAAGCAAUUUAUAUAAAAAUAAUUAUAACAGUGGAUCACUUGUAGUUCCUUUUUUUAAAAAAAAAGGACAGCAUAGUGCUACAAGAAAAGUAUAAUUAGAAUUUGAAUGUCACAUUAUCCACUCUUGUGUCCAAAUACAAAGUUUGUAACUAGUGACCAACUGGUAUAAUUUAACCUGUGCCAAUAUUUCCAGACUUUCACCCCUGCUGUCUGCAAUAUCCCAGUUAUGGGAUAAUUUUUCAAUGGAUUCACAAUGGGGUUCAAUAAUUGCAGGAGAAAGCCAUUCCUUCAGACAGUUUGAAGACACACGUGUGCACAAUGUGGAGCCAGGCUGAAGCAUCCAUCUGCCUUAUUUAUCCGGCUGGACUGAGCCAUUCUUGCAUACCAACAGAGAAACAUUACAGUUGGACUGCAUCAGUCAAGCUCUAGCUCGUGUUCUAUGCAAAUGUUUUGUAGCUGCAGAUUUUCUACAAUAAGGUCCAUAAAUUUGGAUCAGGUUGCCUGAGAUUGCUGGGUUUUUAUUUAGAGGGUGAGGGUAAUGGUUGUGGGGUGGGGGGGGGGGUACUGAAUCAGAAGCGGUUUCAAGUUUUAAUCAAACUGCUCAGGGAUGAUGGAAGUAAGGUCCAAAUGCAGCAAGUUAGAUGUGAUUCAGUUUGAAUUCCAUGAUAACACAUGAUAUCAGGAUUACUUGCUACAGAUUUGGUAAGUAGAAAGUUAAACAAAAUGGAAAAGUUAUCUGUAUAAAUUCAAGCUUUGGAUAUUAGUCCAUGAAUGACCAGCUAUUUUUGAAUUGCAUGUUCAAAUAUGGAAAAUUUGACCUAUUGAAGAAAUCUAAUAAAGUGAUUUUUUUGGUGUUUUA